GGUGCACAAGCAAUGCAUAACGGAACAGCAACCCAAGCGUGCAUAUCCGCGCCAAGGGCCUCGACAACGGCAUUCGCGUGAAUGGCAUUCUCAAGUUCGGUAAUUUGCAUCACCUCUCAACCUCCCAGUCGUGGCUUCAUCAUCGUCCAAUGAAGGGACGCCCCCUGCACCAGUCCCUGAAAUACCCUAGACGCCCCAAUCCCUACGACCCUACAAACUCCCUCGACGACAUCUCAGGUUUCCAUUGGGCCCUCCACGAAUUCCUUCAAUCUCGCAUGCACGAAAGCGAUCCAGACAAACAGAGAUUGUACUUUGCGACUGGAUAUGGUCUUAUUCAAUGCGUGAAGGUUCUUGGCUGGCAUUCAUCAGGGAGGUAUUCAACAUGCGUACCACCAUCUCCAUAUACCACCAACUAGGUAUAUGCAUGUGUUUCAAAGAUACUGAUGCGUGGUUU